AUGAUUGACGUUCAAGUGUUUGAUAACAAUGAUAAUCCAAAUAAUUCAGACGAAGAUAGCAGUAGUUAUUCAGAAGAGGAAGAAGCUGAAUCAGGAGAUUCUUCUGAUCAAGACGAGACUCACUUUAACAGAGCAAGAGAAAAUAAAAUUAAGGAGUAUAAUGGAGAUUUAAUGAACUUUAACCUUGCCGAAUUUACGAUCCCUGAUGAAUUUCCUGAUUCUCUACGUGAAAAGUUCGAAAUUGAACAGAAAUUCCGAGAAAUAUCAGAAGAUAUCGUCGAAGAAUUGGCAGACAAAUUGGAAGAAUUCGUUAAAAAGUCACCAUCAAAUCAAUUAUUUGUGAUUCAAAUCAUAGACAGCGUUGCAAUAGCAAAACCAAAGCUUGUUCAGUUACUUGCAAAAGUAUUUUCAAGGAUAGUCCAGUAUGUACCUAUAGAUAGCAAUCUUGCAUGGGAAUCAGGUUAUUUAAACAAUUAUUUAUCCAAAGUCGGUCUAAAUUCUCAUAAACAUUCCGGAAAUACAGAAACUGACCUAGGAGAUGAUGACAUUCUCUAUCCAAAAGACAGUAUCCAGUACUUUACAACGAUUGAUGAUUUAGAAUCAUUUCAAGAUUUCGAAUUAAAGCGUUCAUGCCAACAGGAAGAAGAAGAACUAUAUUUUGUUGAACAUGAAGGCGAUCUUUUAUGUCUUGCCGCAAGAUUUGGUUCAAUUCGGAUCUUUAAAUAUUUACUUAUUUCAGGAAACAUCGAAAUCACACAAAACACAUUUAUUUGUGCAGUUAAAGGUGGCAAUAUAGAGAUAGUCAGACAUUGUUUGAAGUACAAUAAUGAUCCUUUAGAAUCAAUGAGAACAGCCAUACAUUGCAACAACUAUCAACUUGUAGAAUGGAUGAUUGAUGAGUAUCAAAUCCUUCCAUUGAUUUAUGCUCCUUUAGAAAGAAAUACUUUGAGAUACUUUUUCCCACUUUUGGACAGAAUCCAAUUUUGUACUAGACAAAACAUUUCAAGUGCAAUAUCUUAUGCAUUCAAAAGCGGAUAUAAUGAAAUAGGAAUUUAUUUACUUAGAAAAUUUGCAGUUCCAAACAUGGAUUAUUUCGGAAUUUUGAUGUGGAUGGCAAUUGGUCAAUAUAAAGAUGAAAUUUUGGAGUUUUUAGAUCUACCUAUCACCAAACAAAUUAUGGAAAAUUAUGCAUCUUCUUUUAUUUCAUAUAUUGUUGAUAACUGUACUUUUUUAAUCAAAGAUAUUUUGAAAUAUGAAGUAAUCCAAAAUUAUUUUUCUGCUGUUCUUCGCGGUAUAAUGUAUAACAAAAGUGCUUUGCAACAAUUAAUUGAUUGCGAAAUUGAUCUCGGUAAAAUUUAUAAGGAAAAAUAUGGAGAGAAUAUGUAUAAUGUCAUUGCAGGAUCUGUUGCUUUUCUUUGCGAAACAGCAUAUGACAAUCUCGAUAUUUUUGUCAAGGUUCUUGAAAAAUGCGAUAUUUCUGAAAAUUUUUUCCAAGAAUUAGUUAAUAAUUGUUUGAGUUGUGGAUGUUAUCAACUUUUCAAAUUUAUUUCAUCUUAUGAAAAGUUUAGUAGUAUGAAGCCAUAUAUUGACAUUGACAAAUCAGUUAGAAGAAUAAGAGGCAGAGAGAUUGAUUUAGAAACAUUUAAGUUAGCACUUAGUUUGGGUUCUAAUUAUGUUCCAAAUAGAGAAGAAUCGGGUCUUCAUUCAACAGAUUUAAUGAAAUUCAACAAAUUGUGUUAUAUAGAAUUAUUCAGGUUUUUUGCAGAGAAAAAUCUGGUUAAUUUCAGAAAUAGAAAAAAUAGAACUUCAUUUCACAUUAUGAUACAUAACAAAUUAUAUGACCUUGCAAUGGAAAUCCUCAAUACUUUCAAAGGAAUUGACUUGAAUGCAAAAGAUUCAAAAGGUUUGACACCUCUUAUUUUGGCAGUUUCUUACUUCAAAAAUGGAAGAACAGAGUUGUUUAAUUUGAUCAAGUUGAUGAUUUCUUAUGGUGCUGAUCCAAAAAUUGUCUCUUCCAAAGGUAAAUCUGCUCUGGAUUAUGCAGAAUCUGUUCCGAAAAAGAGUGAAUUACUUCAAUUGUUUGAAAAUUAA